AUGACACGGGCCGAAUGCGCUGACGGCAACAAGGCCACGCCGUCGCCACCGGUCGUCGCCUGCGUCCAGCUAGACUCGAAGCACGCCGACAUCGACGCCAACAUCGCAACCGUCAGGCGCCUCGUCGACGGUCUGGACAGCGACCAGCAGGGUCCUCGACGGCAGAUCGACCUCCUCGUCCUUCCGGAACUCGCCCUGACCGGAUACUGCUUCGACUCUCACGACGAAAUCGAGCCGCUCCUCGAGGCUAUACCACCCAGCGACGAGGCAGGCUGCGAAUCCACCGCCGGUCCCACCCUCAGCCUCGUCAGCAGCCUCGCCAAGCGGUUCCAGUGCCAUGUUCUCGCCGGGUUCGCCGAGCGCGGGCCGCCCAUCGACCCGGCGCAGGACACAACCUCUGCAGCGGCAGCGGCGGCUGCGGCGGCGGCAUUCGACGCUCGAUCCACGGGCACCCGGGCCCAUUGCCCACCCAACGGGACAGGGCACGCCUACAACUCGGCUCUCCUCGUCAACCCAUGCGGGCAGGUAGUGCACACGUUCCGCAAGCACUUUCUCUACGACGACGACAAGCGCUGGGCCACCGAGGGUUCCGGGUUUCAGACCGUCGAGCUGCCGCGCAUCGGCAGGGUGUGCGUCGCCAUCUGCAUGGACCUCAACCCGCACGACUUCCGCGCCCCAUUCGAGGCCUACGAGCUGGCCAGCUUCUGCCGCCGCGAGCGCGUCGACCUCAUCGUCGUGCCCAUGGCCUGGCUCCUGCCCGCCUCGGACAGCUCGCUCUUUGAGCAGCAGCGAAAGGACCGCGGACCCAGUACGAGCAGCAUCCAGUACUGGGCCCUGCGGUGCGCUCCGCUCUUCGAUCCAGAAGCGGGUGCGGCGCAGGCCACCGCCGACGGAGCGGAGGCCCCACCGCGUCCCUUGACCACCGACAACACCACCUUCCUCGUCGCGGCCAACCGCACCGGCACAGAGGGCAAGUCGACGUUUGCAGGCUCCUCGUGCGUCCUCCGUAUGCGGCACGGCGAGCGCCCCGAGCUCCUUGCUGCCCUAGGCGUGCAUGACGAGGCCGUCCUGUGCGCCCAGCUCGAAGAGACCUGA